AUGCAGAGCCUGCUGACGACCCAGAGCCAGAACUGCUACAGAGAGCAGAUCCAAAAGGAGAUGUUGACCCGGUUGGCCUGGAGGAGACGCUAUGCUGAGCUUUACCCCUCCUGCUACAAUCCUGGAAACAUCAACACAAAAACACCCCAGCAACCCCAUCUACCUGCAGACCCCCGGGCUGUGCCUCCUACCGUUACCAGCACACCAGAGAAGAAGAGUGACCUCCUUCAUCCUCCUCCUUCUGUCGCCUCCUCAGAAGAAGGACAGCUCAGUGUCGCCCCCCUGAUGAGACCCGUGUCUCCACAGACCAGAAUGGCUCUCUAUCAGGAAUCCUCUCACCAUGGUAAAGGGCGCAGCCUGUACCUGCAGAGACGAGGACGAAUCAGACCUGAGGACAAGUUCGACUUUCCCGUGCUCUCGUCCUGGGAGUAUGGAUGGAGGCUGGGUGACUACACUCUGGAUUACAGAACGCCGUCCCGCGCCAAAUCCUCAGUGGUGAAGAACACGUUUUACGCCAGGAACGGCGUGUUCAGCGACCCUUCAGCCACCGACACUCUGGGCUGA